CCACUUCCCUGUGAAUUCCCGAUCUAAUAAUUUUUCCAUUUACGCUUCGUCUUCCUCCCGUCUUCGCUGCUCUUGAAUCGUAAAGCUUAGCAAAAUUUUUAUUUUCACACUCCUUUAAACCCUAGAUUUUGAUCCCUUUUUUUGGUUCUCUUCCAUCGAUCGUUUUCGCGGAAUAUUGUGCGGAAAUUUGAUCUCCUGCUGCAAAUUUAUUUAUUACUGGAUUUAUUCUAUGUUGAGUCUCCGGGGAGAGUGAGGCAGCGAUAGCUUUGUUUUUAUUUUUGAUUUCUCAUUAGGGUUCUGGGGUUUGAUAAAAUUGGUGUUAUUGAGUUACCGUCAACUAUUUGUACCCGGUCAUGGAGACCCGCGUAGGGAACAAGUUUCGGGUUGGUCGGAAAAUUGGGAGCGGAUCUUUUGGGGAGAUCUAUUUAGGUACUAAUGUGCAAACGAAUGAAGAGGUCGCCAUUAAAUUUGAAAAUAUCAAAACAAAACACCCUCAGUUGUUAUAUGAAUCAAAGCUGUACAGAAUCCUGCAAGGAGGAACUGGGAUUCCCAAUGUGAGAUGGUUUGGUGUUGAAGGCGAGUAUAAUGUUUUGGUGAUGGAUUUAUUGGGGAAAAGUCUGGAAGAUCUUUUUAAUAACUGCAGCAGGAAGCUGACCUUGAAAACUGUUCUGAUGCUUGCAGACCAGAUGAUAAAUCGAAUUGAAUUUGUUCAUUCUAGAUCUUUUUUACAUCGAGAUAUAAAGCCAGAUAAUUUUCUUAUGGGUCUGGGUAGGAGAGAAAAUCAGGUUUACGUUAUUGAUUUUGGCCUUGCAAAGAAGUACAGAGAUUCUUCAACCCACCAACAUAUUCCAUACAGAGACAAUAAGAAUUUGACCGGCACGGCAAGAUAUGCCAGUAUGAAUACUCAUCUAGGCAUAGUAGAACAAAGCCGGAGGGAUGAUCUGGAAUCUCUUGGAUAUGUUCUUAUGUACUUCUUGAGGGGAAGUCUUCCAUGGCAAGGUUUAAAGGCAGGAACGAAGAAACAGAAGUAUGAAAGAAUUAGUGAAAAAAAAGUUUCCACAUCAAUCGAGGCUUUAUGUCGGGGAUAUCCUUCAGAAUUUGCUUCAUACUUUCACUACUGUCGUUCGCUGCGUUUUGAAGACAAACCUGAUUAUUCUUAUCUCAAAAGAAUUUUUCGUGAUCUUUUCAUCAGUGAGGGUUUUCAGUUUGAUUAUAUUUUUGAUUGGACAAUUUUGAAGUAUAAAACACUGGACACUCGAAGUGCUCCUCCUAGAGCUCUAGGGCAACCAGGUGCUGAGCCUAUAUCAGGAUUGCCUCCAGCCAUUGGCAAUGCUGGAGCUGAAGCAGGUAUGGGUUCUUCUUGGCAAAGAGCAUCAGGAUCUAAGCUGAAGAGUCCUCUACAAGAUGAAUCCAAUGGAACUAAAGAAGCUGUGAUAUCACGUUCAACCUUUUGGGGACGAUCAAGCGGAUCCUCGAGGCGUGCUGCUGUCUCCAACAGUCGUGCUACUGAUGCCAGUCCUUCAGGGCAAUGCGGCCCUGAAAGAAGCCCUCCGCUUGGUUCAACAGAGCAGAAGCAGAAGCAGAAGCGAUCAUCCUCAGUAAAAAAUUCAUCAAAUUUGAAGACCUACGAGUCUGCCAUCAAAAGCAUGGAAUCUCUUAAUUUCAAUGGCGAAACUCAGCUAUAGUUCAUGGUGUAAAUGGCAAAAAUAGAGUCCAGCUUUUUACAUGUUGAAUGAUCUACAGAAUGACAAGGCUGACUUUUCAAAACUGUUGAGAAUGAUUCUUUCAGGCUAAGCCAAUCUAACUAUUUUCAAGCUAAGCAUGAUCUCUCACUGGCAAGUCUUUGUCCCCGUGGAAUCAAUUUCAUACUCCUGUGAUUAUGAAUGGCUUGCUCUGUUACUGUGAUACGUGUUUUUUGCAAUAUUUUUUUUCCAGUAAAACAUUUCAGGUUUCUUUGGAUUGAAGUGAUGGAAAUGAAAUGAAAUUCUAUUUGUUUGUGUUGAACUAAGAUUUGCA